AUGUUCUCGUCAUCCAGUGCGCCGCAACGGGAGCAGCAGCGGCAGCAGCAGCCAUGGACUUUCUCUGCGUAUCACACGGUGGUGCUCACAAACUUUGUGAGCACCCUCCAAGCUGAAGUGCGUUCUCAGCAAGACGCCUACGACCACGCGGUGGAAGUACUUCACGCAAGCGCGGACACAGGCCCAACUAGCGACAUGCUGAAGCUUGGCAUUCCCCUGUACGCCACACAUGAAGAACAGAUGCAGGCGCUGCAGGACAAGUACGCGCUGGCCACGCUGGAUACAGGGGCGCUUGUCGCGCUAGGGCCUUACCGGCUGCUGCACACGCUGAAGGCGCACAUGACGCGCAUCGAAGACGAGCGUCGAGCGGGCGCCGUGGCGGCAGGAAACGGCAGAGGUAUACGGAAGAUGCACUUGGGCAGGGCUCCGUUUGUGAGCAAGUCGGAGACGAGCGUUGACACAGCAGCUCUGGACGGAGGCAAGGCUAGUCGAACACCACAGCCUCGUGGCGUGCCUCCGAUGUCGGUGCGAAUCAAAGUGGAGCGCGUCGACGACGAAAAGUGCAGUGGAGUCGCACAGCCAGAGAAGUCCCUCAGCGAGCGCUCUCCCCUCGUUUCACUGCUACCGCUCUCCACUGCCGCGACGCCAGCCAAGAGGGAGAACCUCAGCGCUAAAGGUGCCAGUGUGAACUCUGCGGGCAGCGCUGGUGGAGGCGGCUGGGGCGACGGCUGCCCUCCCUCAUGGAUGACGCUCAAAACAGAAGCGGCAGAGCCACCACCGUCGAGUGAGGCCUAUAACGGCGCCUACUUCGUCCCCUGCCCCACCCCCACAGGCGCGCCAAUCGCCCGCUACAUGUCCUCGUCGAUUUGUCUGCUUUCCGCCAACAGCGCAGCGCAGUCACCGUCCGCGCCGCUGCCCCCGCUUGUCGCACCCGUGAACUGUGGGACUAAAGUGAUGGACAGUGCAAGCCGGAAGAAGCGUCCGGCAGCGUUGCCGUCGCAGGCACCCAAGCGGUGUCGCUCGGUGGCCAUGGCGCAGGUGAACGCUGUUCCCACGGACGAGACGCCGUUUCUCUCGCAAGCGCAGCGGGCAAAGAUCGCCCGCAUGCAGGAGCACGUGCAGUUCCUCGAUGAGGCAUCGCCUCCUUCGUCCCCUUCGAAGGAGAAGCUGGAGGGCGACCGUGCACUGCAGCUGUGGUGGCGCGUGUGGCCCAGCUCUCCACCGAUGUUGCCGGCAGACGCAGAAGAGAGUGGGCGGAAACAGAGCGCCGCGGCAGCGCCGCCUCCCGCCCAGCACACGCGCGUUCGGCCGACGCCUGCCAUGGUCGCUGCGCUGAUCCGAGUUGCGGAGGAAAACUACAAGCGGGAUUGUGAGCGCUGCGCCGCGCAGCAGGCGUAUCUCGCGACGCUGCUGGUCGCGGCGGAGUCUCUGAGGGUGAGCGGUGCGGCAGCGAGCACGGGCGCCAUAGGGAACGCUGGGCAAGCGCCUAAGGAAACAACGCUGGCGUCCCUGCAUCCAAAAGCCCUGCGCCAACUCCAAGACGAGCUAGCGAGCAAGCAAUCGAAGCUCGACAGUGCGUACGCCGAGCGGCUGGCACUUUUCCGAGAGUUGACUGAAGCUCUCUGCGUUGAAUCUGCCGUGUGCGUCGACGAGACCACAGCGUCUGGGACCGGUGGGGUGAAGCAUGCUGCCCCUUCCUCCACGCCUCCCUCGCAGUGUCGCACCACAUCGCCAUCGGGCGCCCGAAAGGGAAGCCGGCGGACUAGCUCGACUCGCCAUGCGACUGGAUCCUCCACAGCCGUCGACGUUGAAGGGUUGGAUGCUGACCGCCGCGGCGGGGAGCAAGCGGUGGCCGAUACAUCGGCGAAGAGCGCAGCGGCUGGCGCAUCUGCUCUGGAGCUACUUCACUCCUCUCUCACAGACCCCACAUCUCUGAUGCGGAGAGUCCACAAGGCGCGCGAGUCCCUUGCGUUCUUUUCCAGCGAAACGUCCUCCGCGGAGGUGACGCUGGGGUCGUGCUCGCAGGCCUCGUCCGAGGAGACCUUGGGUCUGCCAAACGGCAUCGUCGGCAUCAACUUGCCGUCCUUGGAGCAAGACCGCAACGCGCCUGAGCUGGCGGAGUACCUCUGGCCAGAGGACCUGGAUGCCCGCAUCCGGCAUGAGCUGCGCGGCGUUGUGAGUGCCAAAAGCCGCAACCCCGAAGCGAGCAGUAUUCACGUAGUAUUGUCAGCGGCGCGAGUGCAGCGGCUCGAGGAGGCGGCGCGUGCCGUGUCCACCGUGGACCCCGUUUCUCAACUACGGGCGGUGGUGCCGCCGCUGGUGACUGGCAGCAUCAUGGCGCACCCCAAGUUUGUCGAAAGCAGCUGGCUCUACGUGCACGGGCGUGGCGAGACGAUUGUCGCCGACGCGGAACUCAGCUAA